UCCAGUCGGAGUUUUUUACCAAACGGAUAUAUUUCACGUUUUGAAAAGCGGCGGAGUGAAGACUGACGAGUUGUUUUGCUGUUUUAUAAUUUAGAUCGGUAAACACUCGAGUAUAUCAUGGCUGUCCCAGGCCCAAACAAGGACAACAUCAGAGCAGGCUGCAAACGAUGUGGAUAUCCUGGUCAUUUGACUUUUGAAUGUCGUAAUUUUGUUCGCGUGGAUCCGAGGAAGGACAUAGUUUUGGAUGUGAGCAGCACCAGCAGUGAGGAGAGUGAAGAAGAGGAGCAGGAGGCUGUCAGUAAAGAGAAGAACUUCGACAGUAGCCAUUCAAAAGGCUCUCAUGAAGAUUCCCGGAAAGAAAAAAGUAAAAAGAAAAGCAAGGACAGAUCCCAUCGUAAGACCAAAAAGAGGUCUUAUUCAUCAAGUGAUGAUGAGGAGGAAGUAAGCAAGAAGAAGAAAAAGCACAAGAGUCACAAGAAGAAAGGGAAAAAGGAAAAAAAGGAGAAAGAGAAGAAACACAAGAAAAAACAUAAAAAGAAUGAGACUGAAUCCUCUUCAUCUGACAGCUCUACUGGAUCAUCAGACACAGACUAAAGAUUUGACAGAAUCACAGCAAAGAGAAAAACCACUGGAAAAUAGCUCUAAAAUACCUUCUGCCAGAGCCAUUUGUACAUAAGACACCUUUAGAAAUACGUCUUUUCUUUUAUAGUUAUCUCUGGGAGUUGGACUGAUGGUUAUUUUGUGAUGUUUCUAAUGAAACUGUAUUUUGUACAUAAAUGAAAUGAAAACAA